AUGGCACCGUCGGACUCAGAUCUGUCAUCUUUAUCGUCAGCGCCGCCGACGGAUGAUGAAGCCGCUAUGGCUCUUGACGAACCCCCCGUUGGAAUCGCAAAGUACUUCAAGAAGGAGUCUGAGACUCCGCCGCCAAAGCGCGAGCCGUCACCACCGCAUGAAUAUGUGCUGGCAGAUAACCCCAGUAUCGCCUUCAUCGUCAUGUUCCGCGCGCGAUUCCAUGACGCCUUUCCUCGCAGCCUGCCGCAUUUUGGUCCGCAGGACAUUGAGAGAGGUGUCGAAGACACUACGCCGGGUGAAUAUAUUGAGCGACUGCUUUGCGCAUUGUUAGGUCUUGUUUUGAACCGCAAAAAGGAUGUUGAACGGAAUCAUUAUACACGGCCAUUGGAGGAGGCAAUUCACACACAUCAACCGCAGUGGCCCAAAUCAUGGGAGGGCAAGAAUCCCCUUCACGGGGGCCGCAGCUUUACGAGCAUGACACCCGAAGAACGCCUUGAGCUUGUGAAGUCUUUGAUUCUUUGGUCCCUCUCAUCUUCUGAAACCAUUCAAGCUAAGGUCAAAGAGUCAUACAAGCAAGCGCGCCAUGACGAUGACCUCAAUCAACCUCUAUCUGUUCAAUCGUGGGGUCGUGAUAGUUUGAAACGGCGAUACUGGCUUAUCGAGGGGCAAGACGACACCAACUUUCGUUUGUACCGAGAGAGCAACCCUGCUCUCAAAAAUAUCAGCUGGUGGAACGUUGCUGGAAGUAUUCCAGAAAUACAAGAAAUCGCCGAUAAAUUGCAGCAAGAGAAAGGCACGAACUCGAAGAAGCUUGCCGAAAGGAUAUACAAUGCCAUCCCCCGGUUUGAAGCGUCAGAAGAGAAACGCAAACGCCGGGACUACCGCCUUGCUCGAAAGGCUGCAUUCACACGACCCGAGCCUGGUUUUUCUAUGUACGAAGGUCGAACCCGCGGAAAGAAGUUAAAGUAUACAUACUCAGACGACGAGGAUAUCUUUUCCGAUGAACAGCCCUCCAGACGAUCAGGUCGCAAUGCGUCAUCAAAUGUGACAGCUCCCGAGCCUCGUACUCGAUUCACGGCCAGUGGGCGGCAGAUUCGAUCUCGUGCGGGAGGUCUUUAUGGAGAAGCCUUGCUUACUGGGCAGCGUGAAGACUCAGACGAAGAGGAAGAAGACACUACGAGACCACAGAGAUCACGAACAUCCACAAACCCCAAUGGUUACUCUGGAUAUGCUGCAGUUGACCUGGACGACGAGUCGGAAGCUCGGUCCAGUGCAAACGAGAGUGGAAAUGAGUGGCAAAGUGGGGACGAUAGAAACGAGGCGGAAGGAGAUGAUGAAAGAGAAGGCGAGAGCGAGGAUGAAUCCAUCACCAAUGGUGAACCCCCUAGCCUGGUGGUUCAGCUUCGUAUCGGCAAAGGAAAUGUUCCAAGUGAACAUAAACCAUCCGAAGAUGAGCCUCCUCCUGCACAUGAUGUUCAGAUAAAGAGCCCAAGCAAAGCUGUGCCACCAACACCAGAGCCAGUUGCAGACAAGCCGUCGCAUCUGCAAGAAGUUAGCCAGGGUUCAACAGCUCCAGUGCUAACUGCACCAUCCACAACUUCCGAUCACAAGCACCAAGCGGCUGUCCUAUCGAAGACUGCGAGCGUCUCGUCGCCCGAGGUACCGGUAUCUAUUCAGUCCGUUGAGCCGAAUGGAUGGCCUCGAGAUAAUACAGAAACCGAGAAUCGCCCGGGUCCUGGACUCUCCCAAGUGCCAACCCCUACUGGUCAAAACUAG